GCAAUCUUCUUGUCACGUCAAAGGAAGAAAUCCGAAGCCAAAAAACCAGAGUCAAACAAAUCCAACCUUCAUUUUCUAAUCUAUAUAACUCUCUCACAUUCAUAUAUUUUUUCUCUAUAUUUUCCUGCUCCUGCCUGCAGAUCCAGUAUAUAGCUCACAAAGUGUGUAUGUUAAAUCCCAUUUCUUAGCUUGGAUUUCUUUACUUCCUCUAAUUAAACAUGGACGUUGAAUAUCAUGAGGAAUACAUAUAUAAUUCCAGAGGAGUGCAGAUUUUCACUUGCAGAUGGUUGCCUUUUUCAUCUCCAAAGGCCCUUGUUUUUCUGUGUCAUGGUUAUGGCAUGGAAUGCAGUAAUUUCAUGAAAGGCUGCGGGACAAGGCUGGCUAGUCAAGGAUAUGCCGUGUUUGGUAUGGAUUAUGAAGGCCACGGGCGGUCGAUGGGUGCUCGAUGUUACAUCAAAAGAUUUGACAACAUUGUCAAUGACUGCAGUGACCAUUUCAAAUCUAUUUGUGGGCAGGAAGAAUACAUGGGAAAAAGAAGAUUUUUAUAUGGGGAGUCAAUGGGAGGAGCAGUGUCUCUGUUAAUACACAAAAAAGAUCCUGCUUUCUGGCAUGGCGCUGUUCUUGUUGCUCCGAUGUGUAAGAUCUCUGAGAAGGUGAAGCCACACCCCCUGGUUAUAAGUCUUCUAACUCGGGUGGAAGACGUAAUACCGAAAUGGAAGAUAGUUCCUACAAAGGAUGUUAUUGAUUCGGCCUUCAAGGAUCCGAUUAAACGAGAAGAGAUACGAUGCAACCGGUUGAUAUACCAAGAGAAGCCAAGGUUGAAGACAGCUCUCGAAAUGCUCAGAACUAGCAUGAACCUUGAAGAGAGUUUGCAAGAGGUGACUUUGCCAUUCUUUGUGUUGCAUGGUGAAGCGGAUACAGUGACGGACCCGGAGGUGAGUAGGGCAUUGUACGAGAGGGCGAGUAGUACAGACAAGACCAUAAAACUAUAUUCCGGGAUGUGGCAUGGUUUGACGUCCGGUGAGCCAGAUAGCAACAUUGAGAUUGUCUUCUCUGACAUUGUAUCAUGGCUCGACAAGCGUUCUUCUUGUGAAGACAUGAAAUCAAUUCACCAAUCUAUCCUUGUUCCCGAGAAACUAAAUGUCACGGCGUCGCUGGUGACAUUAAAUGGGAAAAAGCAGCAUAAAACUAGGUCGCACAUGAAAUAUAUUUGUGGCUGGAAGAGCCGUGGUGCGUGCCAUGACUCUGCGAUGUAGUCCGCAGAGAAAUAAUGGAAAAUCCCUUAUUUUCUUAUUUGAAAUGUUCUCUGGUAACUUAUUUCAUUUACUCAAUGUGAACAGUAGUCCAAGAAUCGAAAUGAGAUAACAUUGCUUUCUUCUAUUGAAUAUACCAAUUGGAUUACUGAAAUCUUUAUCUACACAACCUGAAUACCAUACUAUGUACCGUUAGUGUUGAUUACUGGGAAUUGUUUCCUUGUGUUUA